AUGUCGCGACCGCAGACUCCACACGGCGUGUGCGCUCCAAGUACCGCUACCAGCGCAUCGACCCCCCUUGCAGCGCCGUCCCAGCUGGCAGCAACCACAGCGCUAGCGGAGGCACAUGCCGCCAGCGGCUCUGCCCACCCACAGCUGCACUGCCAGCACAGGUACCGACCUCGCCCCCUAUUCCAGGCUCGCGCACCGGCGCUCAUUCACCCCUUGUCUUCCCUCUCGCGCGCUGCCUUCACUGCAGGUCAGAUCCAGCGUCUCUCCGACCUCUCCGCCGGCCACAAGCAACACCAGCCGCCUUCACAAGCCCCCCCACGCGCACUCCCAUCGCCCCACUAUUUGCCUCCCUCGCUCCAGUCUAGUGCCUUCAUUGUUUGCGCCCAUAGCGCAUCAUUACUCAUCACCAACUUCAACCUCUCGCUAAGAGUGCGUCUCGCCGUUGCGCCUUUCCGUCGCGUCGCAUCGCAUCGCAUCGCAUCGCAGUGCAUCGCACAGCCAGCAGCGAGCAUGUCCAUGUUUCGGUUCUGGAGCUCCGAGUCACGGGGAAGCGAGAAGACCAUCAACGGGUCGCCCGCUACCACCGCCAGCCAGCCAAGCCGAAGUUCGUCUGUCGCAAGCGAUUCAUCGGCACGGCCAGUGCCUUUGAAGCGGGCGCAUUGCGGCGACGAUGAUGACGAAGCCUUGAGCUAUGUUGCGCCGGCAAAACGCGCAAAGACUGGCUCUGAAGCCUUUGUCGAGAAGUCGUCUUGUCCGAGAUCUGAACCGUGUGCCCUCGAGAGCGCUAGGGACUUGAUCCAAGCUGAAUUCUGCCAGGAAAUCCUGCUCAAACAUAAAGAGUUAAGAUUGAUCAACCAAGAGCUGGCCAAGUGCCAGAUUGCGCUUGAGCAGCUGCGACGAUGCCACCUAAUCCCGUAUCCUGUGAAUUGUCCCACCCCGCAACAAAUGUUAGAUGUCAGCGCCGGAAAAGGUCCUGCAGUAGCCGCCAAGGCCGGUGAUGCCGUCCCUCGUUGGGCUCCUCCUUUUGGCGUCGUCGAUGGACCCUACUCUCGGCACUAUGCCAAGUGGCUCAUCCCUGAUCCAGCCUUUGACGGCAUGCAACCGGAGCUGCCUCGUGCUCCUGCCCGUGGCUUCAUCGUGGAAGGAAGAACAACUAGGAACAGUAAUGGUGAUUUUGGAAUUGGACUUGUCAAGGGACGCCGUGGCAACGGCAGUCAGAAGUUUGAGUCUCUGUCGAGCGGCUACCCUCCACCCAAGGACAAGGUAGGCCCAUGCGUCCUGACACGCUCGGAUGGCCAAACCGUCAAGCUUGUCUGCCUGGACUGCCAUCGUGACAACUUUUCGAGCACCCAAGGCUUUAUCAACCACUGCCGCAUAGCACACAAGCGUGAUUUCAAGAGCCAUGAGGAGGCUGCCGUCCAUUGCGGCCAACCUUAUGAUGCUUCCGAGGCGGGUAACAGUAGCAUCUCCAAGGACAGCAAAACAUCUGCCCCCUCUUCGGCCCCGGUCGCCGCUGCCGCCACCAGUACCACUGUCUCCUCCACGCCCUACGUGCAUGCCUUUGCGCGCCAUGACUUGGCCGAUCAAGACAUCUUCAAGUCUCUCCGGAUGAGAAUUUCCGACUCGCUAAAUCUUUACAACCAGGGCAAGCUGUCGGUUGUCAAGGUACCUCGCAACGUCAAUGCUGUCGCCUAUCCCGGCAAGGCACAUCCCGGCAAGGCACCGGGCUUUGGCCCUUCAGCUGAUGCGCCACACUUGUCUCGCCUCUUGAAAGCCCGUAACUUCCAAGGCAAUCUCCACGAUGUUGUUGCUGAUGCAAAGAAGAAGAUAUCACUAGAGUUUGCCGCCGGAGAGGAAUCAGAGGUUGAAGGCUCCAUCUCCCCUAUGCGGAAUUCACCGCCUGCCCGAGCGUCGGUUGUUAUGCGCAUGCCCGCUCGGACCGCGAAGACGCCCACUGCCAUGGGCCCCUCAGCCCGUCCGACAAGCAGCAAAGGCCGUUCAGCCCACAUGCUCUUGGCAUCUCCAUCAGAUUCUGACAUGGCCAUCAUGUCCGGCAAUCACCGAUCGAGCACGAUGCUAUCGGAUGAGGACAUGGACAUGGAGGAUGCUGACUUGAGCCCCAACACGCUCGUCAGCAACAAUGCGCCUUCCCUAGUUAGUGACGACGGGGAGUACGAUGAUUCUGAUGAAGGCUCUUCCAUCUCGGGAGCAAGCGACCAGCUAGAGGCGGAAUCGGUAUCAGACGUUGCCGAGUUUGCGUUGGACUAUGAGGCAGACCCUCGAGGUCUACGCCGAGAGUCCGCAAGCAUUGCAGGACCUGUGCGUCUUCGCAAGGAAGAAACCAAGCCAGUCACAUUCAUUGGUCCCGUCAGAAACAGUGCCAAAGAAGGACGACAACGACAUGUCUAAAGUCUUGCCUUUUUUCUGUCAUGAUCACCUAUCAUUACUCCGGCCAUGAACUCUUAUAGAGCUAAUCCCCCUUUGGAUUCUCCUUUAACUUCUUAUCACCUCUUUUUUGCGCCCUUUAAGAAUUAUAACUCUGUUUUUUAGUUGUUUAUGACCUUUUUUUCUAUGACGUCCUUUUUUACUCAAUUCGAAAUCUCUCAAUGGUCACUGGGCUGGGUUUGGCUUGCAUUUUUAUUUUAUAUAUCUCUUUUAACUGGCGCCAACUGGUUUAUUCGGGAGGCAUUUCGGAAUUCUUGCGCGUGUUUUUUUGUAUUAGAGGCUCGGG